AUGGACCUUCCUUGCCUGCCGUGGCAAGAUCACGUUCGUCAGAAAUGGACCGGACUCGAACCCGAAACCAGGGAGCGUUUUAAAUCCCUGCUUGUAGUUGAAGAUGUAUUUGAAAGUGCCCUAAGUUUGACAACGCAGGAUGACGUAAAAUGCUUGGGCAGCAUCUCUGCAGGACAACACCAUAUCAUACGGAAGGAUGCGGUGGAAGCUGCGGCGUGCAGGGAACGAGGCAACGCCAGCUUCAAAUGCAGAAAAUACAUGGAAGCAGUGCUGCACUACUCGCAGGGUGUUUGUUUAUCCCCCAAAAGUUCUGACCAGCUUCCUCUGUGCUACGCCAACCGCUCAGCGGCACUAUUUCACCUGCAUCGCUACGAGGAAGCUCUUGAUGACAUGUCAGAAGCAGAGAGGAAUGACUACCCGACGGGUCUGGCACAUAAGUUGGAGAAGCGUCGCGCAGACUGUCUGGUGCACAUCUCUCCGUCGGACCCGUGCACCGACCCAGAGGAGAGCUCGGGGAUGUCCCCAAAAGCGAACGUUGGAUUCAUCCUGGAGAAAGGUCGCCACGUAGUGGCGUCAGAAACGAUACAGGCCGGCGAGGUGAUCCUCAGUGAGCGGCCGUACAGCUUUGUCCUCAUUCGAGACGAUGACACAUUCGGGUCAGAACACCGGCGGUGCCACGCGUGCCUGAACCCCACGUGGCGACCAAUCCCAUGCGGUGGGUGCUCAUAUGAGCGAUACUGCGGCGCUCGCUGUAGAGACCACGCCUGGGAGGAGUACCACCGCUGGGAGUGCCCCUUGGGCGUAAGCCUGCCAGCUGUGGGCGUCCUUACGCAGCUGGCGCUAAGGGUGGCGCUCAAAGCGGGGGUAGGGGAAAUUCGGCUGGUCAAGGAAGGGGAUGCGGCCCAGCUAAACGCAGCGUACAUUGGAAUCUUGCGCCUCCUGCACCACCUGGACCAGCACAGUGCUAGCAUGCGCUUCCUUUGUGCCGUUACCGUAGCCACGCUUUGCCUAAAACUCCAGCAAGUUACAGCAGCGGACAGCAAGGAACUCGACUGGCGGCAGCUGGGCAGCACCGUGUUCAGGCACCUGCUACAGCUGCGGUGCAACGCGCAGGCCAUCGUCAUGCUAGUAGAGCGAGGUUUGUCUGACUCCAAUGUGGUGUCCCAUCAAGAAAGACGGAUCGCCACCGCUCUCUUCCCGACACUGAGUCUUAUCAAUCACUCCUGUCGCCCCAACACCAGCGUGACAUUCAGCGAAAGUGGCGCCGUUACUGUCCGGGCAAACCAAAACGUCCCCUCUGGCCGCGAGGUCCUACACUGCUACGGUCCUCACGCCAGCAGAAUGCUCGGCAAGAAGCGCCGGCGCCUCCUGCAGGAGCAGUACUUUUUCUUGUGCAAGUGUGAAGCCUGCGAGGAGGAACAAUCACAGCAGAAGCAGGAUGACCAAACGUUUGGACUGCUGUGUGCUACGUGCCUGGAUUCUCUCGCGUUGUCUUCCAGCGAAGCCGAUUCGUUUUGCCGUCGGUGCGGUCGUACGUUUGGCCGCCGUGAACUGACAGAUUACAUGGAAGCGUUGAAGCGGGACUUGUACGUGGCGGAAGAGCUCCUGGAGAGAGAUAAACCUUAUGAGGCUGUCGCCCGACUUGAGGCUUUCGGGAGCGGGGCGGGCGUGACACUGGCGCCGACGCACAUCUUGCGAGGUCGCGCCGAAGACGUCAUGGCAAAGACACACGCCAGCAAUGGUGAUUGGUCACGCGCAGCAGUGCACAUGGAGCGCAGCAGUGCCGCCGUGAUCGCACAAUUUGGCGAGGAGAGCGUGGAAAUGGCGAGACACCUCGCCAAACUCGCGCAGCUGCACUUCAACGCUGGCUCAAAAGCGUCGGCGCUUUGCGUCAUCCCAGAGGCCCGACGCCUUCUGAGCCUUCAUUGCGGCGCCCUCUGCCCUCAGGUGCAAGAACUGCAGGCUAUGGAGGAAUGUUUACAGAACUCAACGCCAUCAUUUGGCUCAAUAAAUAGCUGA